CCCUUGCUCAUGGCGGCGGCGACGGCGGCGGCGCUGGCGGCGGCAACGGCGGCGCUGGCGGCGCUGGGCGGACGGAGCCGGAUCCUGUAGCCGGGGUGUGGGCCCUCGUCAGUCCGUCCCUCCUUCAGCCCUCUCGCUAGUCUUCCGGAGUGUGGCUGGCGGAGCCGGGAUGGCGGAGCGAGGCCUGGAGCCGUCGCCGGCCGCGGUGGCGGCGUUGCCGCCCGAAGUGCGGGCGCAGCUGGCGGAGCUGGAGCUGGAGCUCUCAGAAGGGGAUAUCACACAGAAAGGAUAUGAAAAGAAACGGUCCAAACUUCUGUCUCCUUACAGCCCGCAGGCACAAGAAACUGAUCCAGCAGUACAGAAAGAACUUAGGAACCAGACACCUGCUCCAUCUGCAGCUCAAACUUCCGCUCCCUCUAAGUACCACCGAACUCGAUCUGGGGGAGCCAGGGAUGAACGAUAUCGAUCAGAUAUCCACACAGAAGCAGUUCAGGCUGCACUGGCAAAGCAUAAAGAACAGAAGAUGGCUUUGCCCAUGCCAACCAAAAGACGAUCCACAUUUGUCCAGUCUCCAGCAGAUGCCUGCACGCCUCCUGACACGUCUUCGGCCUCUGAGGAUGAGGGCUCUCUGAGACGCCAAGCUGCGCUCUCUGCUGCCUUGCAACAGAGCUUACAGAAUGCUGAGUCCUGGAUCAACCGUUCAAUUCAGGGAUCGUCCACUUCUUCAUCCGCAUCUUCUACGCUGUCCCAUGGAGAGGUCAAAGGAACCAGUGGGUCUCUAGCUGAUGUAUUUGCCAAUACUCGAAUAGAGAAUUUCUCUGCUCCCCCUGAUGUCACUACAACUACCUCUUCCUCCUCCUCAUCUUCCUCAAUACGCCCAGCUAAUAUUGACCUACCCCCCUCGGGUAUAGUUAAAGGCAUGCACAAAGGAUCUAACAGGUCCAGCCUUAUGGAUACGGCUGAUGGUGUUCCUGUCAAUAGCAGAGUAUCCACAAAAAUCCAGCAACUGCUCAACACUCUGAAACGACCCAAAAGGCCUCCCUUAAAAGAAUUUUUUGUGGAUGACUCUGAAGAAAUUGUAGAAGGUAUACCUCAGCCAGACCCCAACCAGCCCAAGCCUGAGGGACGGCAGAUGACCCCUGUGAAGGGAGAGCCUUUGGGAGUCAUCUGUAACUGGCCUCCUGCUCUUGAGUCUGCCCUGCAGCGCUGGGGUACCACUCAAGCAAAAUGCUCCUGCCUGACUGCACUGGAUGUGACAGGGAAACCAGUUUACACUCUUACAUACGGAAAGUUGUGGAGCAGAAGUUUAAAGUUGGCCUACACACUGCUUAAUAAACUGGGGACCAAAAAUGAACCUGUGUUAAAACCUGGAGACAGGGUAGCCCUGGUUUACCCCAACAAUGAUCCAGUCAUGUUUAUGGUGGCUUUUUAUGGAUGUCUCCUGGCAGAAGUGAUUCCAGUGCCUAUAGAGGUACCUCUUACCAGAAAGGAUGCUGGAGGUCAGCAGAUUGGCUUCUUGCUAGGAAGCUGUGGUAUUGCCUUAGCUCUUACCAGUGAAGUUUGUCUAAAGGGACUGCCAAAAACCCAGAAUGGAGAAAUUGUACAGUUUAAAGGUUGGCCCCGGCUCAAAUGGGUUGUAACAGAUUCCAAGUACCUUUCAAAGCCACCUAAAGACUGGCAGCCACACAUCUCACCUGCAGGUACAGAACCAGCAUACAUCGAGUACAAAACAAGCAAAGAAGGGAGUGUAAUGGGAGUUACAGUGUCCCGGCUUGCAAUGUUGUCUCACUGCCAAGCUCUGUCACAGGCCUGCAAUUAUUCUGAAGGGGAAACAGUAGUAAAUGUUUUAGACUUUAAGAAGGAUGCUGGGCUGUGGCAUGGCAUGUUUGCGAAUGUAAUGAAUAAGAUGCACACAAUUAGUGUGCCCUACUCUGUCAUGAAAACCUGCCCUCUCUCUUGGGUCCAGAGAGUACAUGCCCACAAAGCCAAGGUGGCUUUAGUAAAGUGUCGAGAUCUGCACUGGGCUAUGAUGGCACAUCGGGACCAAAGGGACGUGAGCUUGAGCUCCCUCCGAAUGUUAAUUGUGACUGAUGGAGCUAAUCCCUGGUCUGUGUCAUCCUGUGAUGCCUUCCUGAGUCUGUUCCAAAGCCAUGGACUGAAACCAGAGGCCAUCUGUCCGUGUGCUACGUCUGCUGAAGCCAUGACUGUAGCAAUCCGCAGGCCUGGAGUUCCAGGGGCCCCUUUGCCAGGAAGAGCUAUUCUCUCAAUGAAUGGAUUGAGCUAUGGGGUGAUACGGGUCAAUACUGAAGAUAAAAAUUCAGCACUGACGGUCCAGGAUGUGGGGCAUGUAAUGCCUGGUGGGAUGAUGUGCAUUGUGAAACCAGAUGGACCGCCCCAGCUCUGCAAAACAGAUGAAAUUGGAGAAAUCUGUGUUAGCUCUAGAACUGGAGGCAUGAUGUACUUUGGGCUUGCUGGUGUGACAAAAAAUACAUUUGAGGUGAUACCAGUGACUUCUGCAGGUUCUCCUGUUGGGGACGUGCCAUUCAUCCGGUCAGGAUUGCUGGGGUUUGUAGGGCCAGGUAGUUUGGUGUUCGUGGUUGGAAAAAUGGAUGGGUUACUGAUGGUUAGCGGUCGAAGACAUAAUGCUGAUGACAUUGUUGCUACUGGAUUGGCUGUUGAGUCAAUAAAGACUGUUUAUAGAGGAAGAAUUGCUGUGUUUUCUGUGUCUGUAUUUUAUGAUGAGCGCAUUGUGGUGGUUGCGGAACAAAGACCCGAUGCUUCUGAGGAAGAUAGCUUCCAGUGGAUGAGCCGUGUGCUGCAGGCAAUCGAUAGCAUUCAUCAAGUGGGGGUUUAUUGUCUUGCUCUGGUGCCUGCCAAUACAUUGCCAAAAACUCCACUAGGAGGGAUCCAUAUAUCUCAGACGAAACAGCUGUUUCUGGAGGGAUCUCUACAUCCUUGCAAUAUCCUCAUGUGCCCACAUACAUGUGUGACAAAUUUGCCAAAACCCCGGCAGAAGCAACCAGGUGUAGGCCCUGCUUCCGUGAUGGUUGGGAAUCUGGUUGCUGGAAAGCGCAUAGCACAAGCUGCUGGAAGGGAUCUGGGGCAAAUUGAAGAGAAUGAUUUGGUGAGGAAGCACCAGUUUCUGGCGGAGAUUUUACAGUGGCGAGCCCAGGCAACUCCUGACCAUGUACUCUUCAUGCUGUUAAAUGCCAAGGGAACUACUGUGUGCACAGCCAGCUGCCUUCAGCUUCAUAAGCGAGCAGAGAGGAUUGCAUCAGUUCUUGGUGAAAAGGGACAUCUAAAUGCAGGAGACAAUGUGGUGUUGCUCUAUCCACCUGGCAUUGAGUUAAUUGCCGCCUUCUAUGGCUGCCUAUAUGCGGGGUGCAUACCAGUGACCGUCCGACCUCCUCACGCUCAGAACCUUACUGCCACGUUACCCACUGUGCGUAUGAUUGUCGAUGUCAGCAAAGCAGCCUGUAUUCUCACCACUCAGACCCUAAUGAGGCUACUGAGAUCUCGAGAGGCAGCAGCAGCUGUGGAUGUGAAAACCUGGCCAACCAUCAUUGACACAGAUGAUUUACCCAGGAAAAGGUUACCUCAGCUAUAUAAACCACCUACUCCUGAGAUGCUGGCAUAUCUUGAUUUUAGUGUUUCCACAACUGGCAUGCUUACAGGAGUGAAGAUGUCCCACUCUGCGGUUAAUGCUCUCUGCAGAGCCAUCAAGCUCCAGUGUGAGUUGUAUUCUUCUCGGCAGAUCGCCAUCUGCCUUGACCCUUACUGUGGACUUGGCUUUGCACUCUGGUGUCUCUGCAGCGUCUAUUCGGGUCACCAGUCCAUCUUAAUUCCUCCUAUGGAGUUAGAAAACAACCUUUUCCUCUGGCUCACCACCGUCAACCAGUAUAAAAUAAGGGACACUUUCUGCUCCUAUUCAGUAAUGGAGCUUUGCACUAAAGGACUUGGCAACCAAGUGGAGGUGCUAAAGACCAGAGGGAUCAACCUCUCGUGCAUCCGGACCUGCGUGGUGGUGGCAGAGGAGCGGCCCCGCAUUGCCCUCCAGCAGUCCUUCUCCAAGCUCUUCAAGGACAUCGGGCUGUCCCCUCGGGCUGUCAGCACCACAUUUGGAUCAAGAGUCAAUGUGGCAAUAUGUUUACAGGGAACCUCAGGGCCUGAUCCGACUACUGUGUAUGUAGAUCUGAAAUCAUUAAGACAUGACAGGGUUCGUCUUGUGGAACGGGGUGCCCCCCAGAGUUUGCUCCUCUCAGAGUCUGGAAAGAUUUUACCUGGAGUGAAAGUGGUUAUUGUGAAUCCUGAGACCAAAGGGCCUGUUGGAGACUCUCACCUUGGAGAGAUUUGGGUGAACAGUCCCCAUACAGCCAGUGGCUACUACACCAUCUAUGACAGUGAGACUCUUCAAGCUGAUCACUUCAACACUCGCCUCAGCUUUGGGGAUGCUGCUCAGACACUCUGGGCUCGGACAGGAUACCUAGGCUUCGUGCGCCGGACAGAGCUCACGGCGGCCACUGGAGAGCGUCAUGACGCAUUAUAUGUGGUGGGAGCUCUGGAUGAAACGCUGGAGCUGAGAGGACUGCGAUACCACCCAAUCGAUAUUGAGACCUCAGUGUCUCGGAUCCACAGAAGCAUUGCCGAAUGUGCUGUGUUCACAUGGACCAACUUGCUUGUGGUGGUUGUGGAACUGUGUGGCUCUGAACAGGAAGCUCUGGAUCUGGUCCCGUUAGUGACCAACGUGGUCCUGGAGGAGCAUUACCUCAUAGUUGGCGUCGUGGUUGUGGUGGACCCAGGUGUCAUCCCGAUCAACUCCAGAGGAGAGAAGCAGAGGAUGCACCUCCGUGACAGCUUCCUAGCUGACCAGUUAGACCCCAUCUAUGUGGCUUAUAACAUGUAGCCAGCCUUGGGGGGACUGCAGGGCCAUCCUGAAGAAUCACCAAGACUGAAGACCCGUGGCUAGGCGCAAGCUUUUAAAUGAUGUGAAAUAAGCUGAGAUGGCUACAUUAUAUUCUUCAUCUCAUCCUGUGGGAUUCUGCAAUCACACAACACACAGGAAAGGGGAAUUCUGUGGUGGCAAAUGAAAAAAAUGUUAACAGGCCAGUAGACAUGAGCUUUGACAUAGCGUGAGCAGCACCACAUGAAAGCAGUUACGCGCAUGUUGCAUUUUUUU